CAAUCGCUUGACGUCACUUUGUGACUAGAUUUAAAAAAGUGCUUCGUUAUUUUUAGCAUGGUAUUUAAUCAAUAAUUAGACGAACUAGCUAACCACUUGUCAUUGGUCACCUGCUCGUUUUGCAAUGUUCUUUUUCUAUACUGUAUCAGAGUAGAAUGAGCUUCUGGUUUAUACUUUUAUUUAUGUACAAUUUUUUGCAAAUAUUCCUAUUCUUACUCGUAUGGUCGAUAUUGUUGUUCAUAAUUUAUCGUCUCUUUCUGCAAUACGUGUACAGCCGUUAUCCGCAUUACGGACUCACUUUUGCGAUUGGUGUUGCAACGUUAGUAACGAGCACUCUUCUGUUCGAAUUGCUCCAUCAAUAUCAUGCAUCAUUUGCAAGAGAUCACUCAGGUGUUUAUUCUAAAAGUUAUGCUGAUAUAUUUGUUUCAUCCAGAGCGUCCACAUGGUGGGGGAUGUUCUUCUCGUCAUCAGGAACGCGCCGUGACAUCAAUUGGUUUGGACCUAUAUGGCGGUUGAAUCCUUUCUACAUUGCUACAAAUAUGCUUGGCGAACUGGUCGUCGUCAUAUCUUCAAAGUGUGGCCGCUCUGUUGGUGAAUAUGUCUCUGGAGUGUUUCAUGACCAGUCGUGGAUCACUGGAGGGCUUUCCUUGCUGCUGACCGUAGGGUUGAUUGUCAUAAGUUUGUUCGCUUUCCUGGGCUACAAGAUAAAUGUCGGAAUACAGGGAAUAACCAUCUCAAGGCCAGUAGCACUAGAUGUGGUGGGAAGGUUUUUGCCUCGAAGCAACAAUUCAUUGGAAAGGAAAUGUGACUGA